AUCAAACUGGUUGAAAACGGAGUGAUUGGAGUCGGACAGUUCUCUGCCGCUGACUGUUCCCGUACUGCAUUUAUGCAGUUUACAUUAAAAAAACGGCAGCAGUCGAGGCAACAUCUACGUAUCUAUAUCUAUGUUUUUGCUGCUAAUGACAGAAGCUAAACCUUUAGUUCUCUGCGAGGCGAUCAGAGGCAGCAGCCGGGAAUCACCGGCGUUUGGCUGGAGGAAGGGAGGCAAGUUGACAAAAGCUCGGUUCAAAACGAGAGAAGAGAAAAUGGACAGGGCAGUCAGUCUCCCCUGUCAACCAGAAAAGGUCACCACAGUGAACCUGGUUGAGACCAGCACGGCCCCCAGUGGAAUGGAACUGGUCAGCUCCUAUCAGACCAACAGAGUGGGGGACCCCAUGGACCUGGUAGCUCUUGCAGAGCAAGUGCAGAAGGGGGACGACUUUGUUAAAGCCAACGCUUGCAACAAGCUGACAGUAAUCGCAGACCAGAUCAGGUACCUGCAGGAGCAGGCCAAAAAGGUCUUAGAAGAAGCAAAGAGAGACGCUGACCUCCACCAUGCUGCCUGCAAUAUUGUGAAAAAGCCAGGCAACAUGUACUACUUGUACCAGCGGCCGUCCGGACAGAAAUACUUCUCCAUCAUCUCGCCUAAGGAGUGGGGACCAAGCUGCCCUCAUCCGUUUCUUGGUGCAUUCAAGCUUCAGCCUGACAUGUCCUGGACUCCCGUGGAUGAGGUGGAAAAGAGGGACGCAGAGCUCGCCGUCAUGGGCAAACUGCUCAGCCGCCAGACAGCCCUACCUCCAUACACGGGACCCAACUUCAGAGGUCUAGAGGAAUAAAGUCCCGUUUAAACUGGACCAAAAAUAUGAUCGGUAUAAACAGAUACAUGUCCCACGCAGGGACUAAAAAACCCCCGUCGGUGAGUCACCGUUUUGUCUUAAGCUGCCAUAAAUGCAUAAUGGCUUUUUUUUUAAAAAAAGAAAAAAGAAUGUGCGUUUUUCAUUUUCUGGAAAAUAUCAAACCGGGACUCAUGAGAGUGUGUGUGCUUAAUUUAAACUCUUUGGAAUGUUUUUACUGUGCUUGUCUUUGACCAAUCGCUGACACAAGCCGAUGGUUCACAUCGGAGAGUCAACACGCUUUGGAGACAGAGAAAAACGUCAUCGAAUAGAAAAGUGUCUACAUUUUCUGUUCGAAAAGUAAAACUCCUGUAAAUUCGUUACACAGAGAAAUGCAUCUCGAGUGUUUACUUUUCUUAAUUUCAUUUCUGGUGUCAAGUUGACAAAAACCCCAAAUGGAGUUUUUCAAAAAUAUUGAAAUGUUGCAUCAGGCUAAUAAAACCAGAUUUUCUUACAGAAA